CCACACUUGCUCUUUCAUUCUCCGUCUCGGUCAUUGUUUGGCCCGAAAAAGAGAAGAAACAUAAAAGAUGAAUUCGAAGAUUGUGCUAGUGAUGAGCUGGCUGGUUGUGGUGGCCUUGGGCAUCGGUGGAGCAGCAGCUUCUGAUCCCUUGCAAGAUUUCUGCGUUGCUGACCUCACCGGUUCAGCUAAGGUGAAUGGCUUUGCGUGCAUCGAUCCUAAGCAAGCACAGGCCAACCACUUCUCCUUCAGUGGGCUCCAUGUAGUGAAGAGCACAAACAAUGCAGUCGGCUCUACUGUGUCCCCGGUCUUUGUUGGGCAGCUCCCUGGGCUGAACACUCUCGGCAUUUCCAUGGCUCGCAUCGAUUUUGCCCCUAAGGGUGUGGUCCCGCCCCACACCCAUCCCUGUGCCUCCGAAAUUAUCACAGUCCUGGAGGGCACCCUCUAUGUCGGAUUCAUCACGUCGAAUCCUGAGAACAGGCUCAUCAGCAAGACGCUCCAGAAAGGUGACGUGUUUGUGUUCCCAGAGGGGCUUGUUCACUUCGUGCAGAAUGUGGGUUCUGGAAGCGCUGUUUCUAUCUCUGCCCUGAGCAACCAGAACCCGGGUGUCAUUCUUGUUGCUAACUCUGUCUUCGGGUCGACCCCGUCGAUCGCCAAUGACCUUCUUGCCAAGGCUUUCCAGGUAGACAAGACAGUAAUUGAUCAACUCCAAGCAAAGUUUUAAGAAUGGAAAAGCUGGCAUGUGGAACAUCAAUUUGCAGAAAGACCGAAGAGUCUGGAGUUAAACAUUUAGUCUAAAUAGAUGUAUUCUUAAUUUGUGUGCCCCCAGGUUGCACCUUGUUUGUGUACUACAUUGUAAGGUCGUUAUGCAUAUGUAACCCAUGUGAGGAUUUCUGUACUCGCAUUUGAGUUAAUCAGUGGAUAUCGCUCUAUAGCUCGAGUGCGAGUUGAUUGGAAUAUAUAUUGCAAUCUUUCUUUGUCA